CCAAAUAUAUAGGAAUAGAAGGGCCAAGGAACGAGGUGGAACCAUGUAGCUUGAAGAUCUCAAUCAAAAGCAUCAUCGAGUGCAGCGUUGAUGAGCUCCUAUUACCGUAUUUCGCUGGCUGUAUCAAAAGUUCUGUCUCCUGCGCAGCGACUGUGAGGAUUUCGCCAGCGCUGCAUUCGAUAAUGUCUUUGAUAUAUCGGCAGAAUGAAGCAGCCAAAGAGCUUGUCCAUCAAAUUUGGAGGAGCCUCUAAACAAGCAAAGUGUGAGGAGAGAUGAGUUCAAUAGAAAUCCCUGAGUGGGUGAGAAAUGUGGUGUGCAACAAGGUUGAAGGCAGUAACCCCCGGUUCAUAAUGACCAAGUCCCUCACGAGUUCCGAUCUCGAUCAUCAAUGCCAGAACCGACUCCGUAUACCCGCUGCAUAUGUGGAGGACCACCUCGUGCCUAUGCUCUUUGAUCUCGAGAAGGCUGCUGCCAACCUUCUUCACCCAACAGCAAGUAGGAACAUACCUGGUGCAAGUCAUGUUCCAGGAAGGAAGUAUGGGGGACUGGAUGUAAAGGUGUACGCUCGAAACGGAUUUUGCUGCCACUUGAAGCUUACUCGCUGGGACUCCAUUGGAUUCACUGUGAUCAAUGGUGCGGACUACAAAAUGUUAUUGCUCCAGAGUUCCCUUCAAUAGAAUGAUGAGGUAGAGUUGUGGGGCUUCCGGGAAGGCAAGGAGGGAAAACUGUGCUUUGUGCUUGGCUAGAAGACAAUAAGCUGGGUAUUCAGAUGCCAUUCUUUUCCAGCUUGUGCUGGGGUCUUUAAUAUAUAUUCUGGUGCAUGAGCACAUAUGUGUCGUCUCAUCAAUAAGAAAAAUGUAAGAAUUGUGAUUUGUGAUUAUUAUGGUGAUCAGUGAUAAGCAGAUUUGAUUCUAAUAUCUUACUUUUGAGAACUGGCAUUCUUCUAUAUGAUACUAUAUGGAUGAACCAUGGAGGACCUUAAAUUAAAUCAGUAUUAAAAUAGUUACAAUUUAAAUAUUUUUUUUAUUUAUUUUGAGAUUGGGGAGCGUAGAGCUAUGUGGAUGGUUGAAGAUAAGUGGAGUUGACUCUAAUACCUAAUUUACAUGGAUGAACUGCGGAGGAUCGUAAAUUAAAUCCAUAUUAAAUGGUUAAAAUUUUUAAAUUUUAUUCCUCUAUUUUGAGAUUAGGGAGGACAAACUAGGCUCAAGGCCCCUGCAGCUCUAAUGUUUCUCGCUGGAAUUCUCGAGUAUGGCGAGAGGUCCUGGGCACUCGUGUGUGCAAGCAUGGACAACCUGAGGAACUCCAUGGUAACACCUCCUGACCCUGGUCCAAAUUAUGCCAAGUUCAUGGAGGAGUAUGCCUCGACGUCUGCUGCCGGGCUACAAGCAGAGAUUGAGGGGGAGAAGGAACCUGAAACCCCACCGCGAUCUUUGGACACUGUCGUGGAGGAUAUUAGUACGGUGAUGAUUCUUUCCAAGGCUCAUCGGUUCUUCCACACGUUCAAGCGCCUAAUUGUAGACCUCAUCCUCAGCUUCCAUGACCGGAACGAGAGCCGAUCCUUCUUCCUCCAGCGCUCUCCCUUGCAAGCCUUCAAAGGAAUCGAAAUCGAACUCUCCUUCAUCUACGAAAUUCUCUACACCAAGUCAACCGCAAUCCAUACUGUUGUAGGCCCCUUCUUACGCAGCAUCACUUUCUUCUCGAUCCUAUCCGCCCUCCUGCUCUUCCUGUUCACCAAGAAGCAUGGCUACGCAGAUAUCGAUGUAGCAAUUACUUACAUAUUGUUGGGAGGGGCUUACGUUCUUGAGGGCUAUGCCGUUGGCCUGCUAGUUUUCUCGGACUGGGCCUUUCUUAAGCUGAAAGAUCUCAAACACUAUCGCCUGUCGAACAUCAUCUUUGCAAGCAUUUCCCUCUUCCGACCAACCAACAGACCAAGGUGGUCUAAUUCCAUGGCACGACACAACCUGAUUGGCUUCUGCCUUGAAGACCAGACAUCCAAAAUCAAAAGAGUCAUGGUUUUUUUUUAGUGUGAAGGAAGCUUGGGAGGCCGGCAUUUGAAUAGUGACCGUUACGGCCUUUUUCCGUUGUGCUAAGGGGCAGGGAAUGAUACCGCCUAAACAAGCAUAGGUUUGAUUACUUAAUGUCAAUCGGAGUUAUGUUUUGGAUAGAGGAAAAUACUUCAAAAAAAUAUUUUUUAAAAAAAAUCUAAUCUUCUCUUGCAUUGAAGAAACUAACAAAUA